CAAGAGAGGCUAAAGACAGGAACUGUGCUUUGGAUUGCUGUCCCUUGUCAGGGACACAGAAUACACACCACUGGUUUAUAUCAGGCAAGCAGAGACUGAACAGAAUUGGACAUAAAAAUAUGAAAGACAUAUGCAGAAUUCCCCUACUUCUUAAACUAUAUGCAGUUUUUACUUCACCUUGCAAGUCUACCAGAAUAAUUCUGUACUGAGGAUAUGAUCAUAAAGACCGAAAAUGAUGCUAAAUGUUCUGUACACAGCAAACACCAGAAACAGGCAUGGAAGUUCUGGGACUCCAUGACAAUAACUUCUUUUAUCCUGGGCCCUGGUCUGCUCCUGGCUGUUGGUUUCAGAAACUCCGUCAGCUGGCACCUGCAAAACUUCUGGAGAGCCUCUGGUUUCUUCUGGCAGAGGCAGUGGGAGAAUCUCCACCUCGUACUAGGAGGAAAUGAAUGGAUGAUUUUCUUCUUAGCCGUAACCAUAGUUCCUAGCCUAGUUUUCUGGAGCUUCAAUGGAAUCAUGAUGAUGGCAGAUAUAACUGGCAAGCCAACCUUCAUCACACGAUACCGUAUUCAGAUGGGCAAGAAUGACCCUGUUGACAGAGCAAAAUUGCAUAAUGCCAUCUCCACAGUAUUGUUCAAUCAAUUUUUCAUCUCUCUUCCAAUGGCGAUGCUCAUGUUGCCCAUCUUGAAAUGGAGGGGUGAGCCAUGCAGUUUGUCACUGCCCACUUUCCACUGGUUUCUUCUUGAGCUGGCUGUCUGUGGAUUAGUGGAGGAAAUUCUCUUCUAUUACUCUCACCGGCUUGUCCACCACCCUCUCUUGUAUAAACACAUUCACAAAAAGCAUCAUGAAUGGACUGCUCCUGUGGGCAUUGUUUCUCUCUAUGCUCAUCCAGUAGAGCAUGUGAUUUCAAAUAUGUUGCCUGUGGUGACUGGCCCAGUUCUUCUUGGAUCUCACAUUACUUCAGUCAUGGCAUGGUUCUCUCUUGCACUUCUGGCUACUUCAGUCUCUCACUGUGGCUACCAUUUGCCAUUCCUGCCCUCACCAGAAUUCCAUGACUUCCAUCAUCUCAAAUUCAAUCAAUGUUAUGGGGUCUUGGGGGUGCUGGACCGCCUGCAUGGAACAGACAGAGUGUUCAAGCAAACAAAGGCCUACAAGAGACACUUCAUCCUGCUAAGCUUCACACCCACCUCAGAAAGCAUCCCUGAAUCAUCCAAAAAACCAGAGUGACAUUCCCUAAGUGCGGUUUAUUUCCUUAUCCACCAUCCUGAUAAUUACAGGAAUUAGGAGAGAUGGUUAUGUAAAAUAAUUUCCCAGCAAGGAGCUUGUCUUUCAUGAAGAUACCAUUGUAGGUUAUGAGUUUUCAUUAGCAGAAGGCAGGGCUCAGUACAUGGCGUGCCAUGAGUCUAAAUGAGUCUAAAGUUUGUAUAUACAGAAGAAUUUUAUGUUCAGAUUCAAGAAAAUUGUGGCUAUGAUUGUAUUACAAAUGUCAGUUGCAGAGGUACAAUUAGGUUUUACUAUGAGUAGUAUUUCCAGCAUUCAAGGCUGAGAGAAAGCAGCAACUGUAGAAGGAUUUCAGGUUAGUUUUUACAAGAAAUUCAGCCUGACCCAACACAAAUGAUCAAGAGCAAGAGCUCUCAGAAAAUGUAUUCCUGUUAUCAGAGGAAAGCUACUAGCGAUCUUCUCUUUUGGCCUUAGGACCAAACUACCUGUGGAUGCCUCCAUUUUAAGGAUAUUUAAAAUAAUAACCGCUUAUAUACCACUCUUCCAGACAGAUUAGUGCCCCACUCAGAUUGGUGAACAGUGUUAUAUUAUUAUCCUGACAGCACAGCUGGGGAGCUGAAGCUGAGAGAAGUGGCUCACUUAAAGGCCACCUGCUGAGCUCAUGGCAGUACUUGAAUUCAAACCAGCAGUAGUGCUGAUUUGCAACUCAACCAUUAUGCUACAGCAUAGUAGGGCCAAAUCCUGAUAAAGGCUGCAGCAUGGCAGGCUGAGGUGCUCAGCCUGUCAAUGCCCUGCACCUUUUAAAUUGCCCAAACAGCCACAGGGAGUGCGUGCAUGACCACGAAUGUCAUCAUGUCUAAUUUGGCCCUUAGUUCAGGGAACUAAAAAUCUGUACUGGCAUCUUCCUGAGUACAAGAUGAAAGACUGCCAAGCACAAAGCGGACUGGAAAUUCUUAAAAAUAUGUGGGAGGUACAAGUGUUAAGAAAGCCAUACCAAUCCAAGUUGCUGAGGAAACUGGAUGAGACAUUGUGGAGCUGAAGAUCAAGUAAACUCCAUGGUACUGACCCUGAUACCAUAAGCAGCUUCCAUUACUCCUGAAGGUUUACAGACCCCUUCAGGAGAAAGCCGUAAGAAUUAGUAAAAUCGCAUUCUCUAUUGAAAUGCAUUGCAUUGAGGGUGGAACAAGACAUUCAUCCUACCCCUUCUCCAGUAACAGGAAGAAGCACUUACUCAUACCAUAGUAUCAUCCGGUCACGCUUUCUCUGUGACCAGUUCUACAUCACAGUUGGAAAUAGCCCUAAGCAAAGACAAAACAGCGUAACACUACGUGGUCUUUUAAGGUUUUUAUUUUUAUACAUUUUUGUAUUAAAAAGGAAAAAG